AUGCCCCCGAUCCAGAAGCAUGCGUUCCCUAAUCAAGUCAGCGACAUCUUCUCUGGUAUCACCUUCUACAUCGAGUCGAAUAAAGACAACCAUUACCGCGGGCUCCACAAGCUCAUGGAGUUGAUCAGGACCAACGGAGGCCGACUCUUCUCUGACCCAGCGCACCGCUUCGUUUCGCAUAUUCUCGUCUUUCGAAAUGACCCGCCAUACCACGUUGUCGAUCUAGGCGAUUACACCGAGACCCACCGUAAAACCUUUGCCGAGCUCGUUGCGGGUCCGACGUGGACGCAGGAAGACCUGGUCAAUCAAUUCUCGCGCCGCGCAGGGGCGGAGAAGGGACCCAGGGCGGGAAAGGUCGUUCUGAUGGCCGGAUGGAUCACACUGUGCGUUGAAGCAGGGCGGCAGCGAAGGGAGGACGAUUAUUUGGGAUAUGAAGUCCGACUCAAGUCACCUCCAAUACGAAUGACACCGGCCGCACCUUCCGCUGCCUCCCUCACACCUGCACCCAGACUUCCACCUCCACUCCCUCCCACGGCAACCGCGAAUAAGAGGUCGCCAAGACGCUGGCCGGCUCCUCCUCUACCGUCAACUUCAGAGAGCACUGUAGCGGGUCCGUCGUCGCGCUCGGUAGCUUCCGCUCAGAACGCCGUCGCAGGUCCAUCCCGCUCGGUCGACACUUGGCUUCCACCCCCAUCGACAGAUGACCCUCGCCCACCUCGGCACUCUAACGAGUACGGGCGACGCAGGUCCCCGGAACGUCUGGGGAGGGACUAUGAUUGUUCGCCGCCUCUGGAACGGCGAUCCCUGUCAUCACGCAGAGACGACGAUUCAUCCCGCAUGGACAGCUAUCUCCCAGUCGAUCGCCCUGCGGACAGGCGGGAACGUUCUGCGAGGAAAAGCGAUCGGGUCCCGGAGUACGGAGAGUCUCCCUCUUGGGAUCGGCGGGGCGACCCUGGGGCGAUGUCACCGUAUCGCCCACGGCGGACAUCCUUUUCGCCUCCCUUUCGGCCGAGGGACGUCUACGAGCCAGUCCAGACAUCGACCGACGACGGUCAACGCGAUCCUCGGCGGUCCACAAAUCCUCCCCCACCACCGUCUCACAGACUCGACGGUCCUCCUUCGUCCUAUGUCCUGACAACUUCGACCCCCUUCUGGACCCCAGGCCAACAGGACUCCCGUAGGUGGGGUUUCUCGCUCCGUCAGCAGCCCCAUCAAUCCUCGUCCUUACUACCUGCCGAAUCCGAGGUCGAGCAGACAAUGUCUACGUCUCAUCCGGUCCGUACCGAAGCACCUGCAGGUGUUGCACCGGUGGCGUCGUCCGGAGUGGCGACCACACCUAUACCCGGCUUAAGGUCUACGUCCUCACGCGCACAGCCCGUCCAAAGCGUACCUCCACCGGUGCUCUCGCGGUGGACCCCACAGCCCAAAAAGGAGUCAGUCGUCCCUGCGCAACCCACGCAGGAUGCGCGUGCGGAAGUAGGGAUGGGCAGUCAAGUUCGACCAGUCGCCGUCGACAGUGGCGCAAGGCCAGCGCAGGGAGCAGCUGGGGUCCAGCCCUCGCCGCGCCAGUCGCCAGCUCUGCAGCGACCAGCGGCGGAGCGCUUGCCAACGGGGCUGGUCCAGGCUGCUACUGCGCCUGGAUCGUUCGCGGCGGCACGAAUGCUCACCGCUGGUCCAACGGUACUACAGUCCGAGAAGGGGUCCACGCCAUCAUCACGCAAACCCCCGGCCUCGCAGGCGCCAGCUGCACCGCCCUCGACGAAGGCGCUAUCAUCCUCACAGCAGCGAACAGCGCCGCGCCUGCCAGGAGCGCGUGGACAAGCCCCGCCUCCACCUCCACCAUCUGCCAUUCGGACCGUGCUCAAACAGGAGGAAUCGCCGGAAUUGACGCCACCGCCUCCCUCUCGCGCACCGUCAGUCUCACGCGCUGUUCCAGAGAACCAGCGCGAAGCAAAAUCAUCCCCUCCACCAAUCGCUAUCAAGUCCAAACUCAUCUCAAUCCCCUCCAACAUCAAGCGCAAGGCGAGCGCGAGCCAUGCUCAAGGGGAAGCCUCGACCAAAGUCGCCGGACCGAGCGGGUCCACCAAACCAGCGGUCGUCAAUCGACCACCGGCGGCGCGGAUGAGCAUGGGCGGGAGCAGGGAGUCGUCCGUCAUCGUUAUCGACGAUUCGGACGCCGAGGACGGGACGGGCACAGGUGCAUCGGCGAGUGCGGUAGCGAGAGCGGCAAAGGCAGAGGCGAAAAGGGACACUGUAACCUCGGCGAGGCCGAAGGAGCGCCCGAUCUUGCCAAAUCCAGCUGCUCCUGGGCCUGACCGCCCAAGCGGAGACGGUAUACGGCCGUCUAUAUCAGCGGGCGCAUCGGCGCGACGUCCCCCUCUCAAGUCGUCAAAAUCAUCCUCCUCAUUCACUGCAGCAGCCGCUGCUGGGAAGCCUGCUCCUGCGCCUAUCCCAAAGCGGAAACGGGACGAUACCACGCCAAACUCGGUCAAGCAGGACAUCAGCUCAGAGGAUGAAACCCCGCUCUCAGCUAAGCGGAAACGAUCGUAUCACGAUCUGGAGCAAGAGCUGCCCAAGGUCGCUAUUCGGGAACGCCAGCUGUCUAAUCGCAUCGUCACGUCUCCUCCUCCACCUAGUAAACGAUCCCGGUCCCCCGGUCCUGCGUCCGCUCCGCCUGCUGCGGCCCGCAGAUACCCCGAUUCGCCAGCCAUCUCCCAGUCCGCGGAGGACGGACCCUCGCAGUUCUUUGUGAAUCAGUCGGGACUGCCAAUGACAUUUCACGUCGUACUGGACGAGGCGGAACUGAUGGAGCCAUUGAAGCAUCUCAUCACCGUAUAUGGGGGACGCUUGGUCGAUAUUGCGAUGGCCGACCUUAUUAUCCUCCCCUUCAAAGCAGGCACGCUAUCAUCCUCCUCCUUGCCCGCUAUUCUCGACUCAGACUCGCUCCGCGCGUGCCACGCCAGACCCCUCAUCAGCCAUCAAUACAUCUCGAAAUGCGUACAGCAAAAGGCGCAGCUUCAUAUCAAGGCCUACCGAAUCGAUCUCGCCGCUCCCUCAGCUGGGUCAAGCGAUGACCGAGGCGCUGGAUCCAAGAGUUGGCGGACCAGCGAAAGCUACGCAGCAGACCUGUGCACUCCCGAGAGCAUGACGGAUCGGCAUCCAAAAGUGGAGGAUCGGCCGAGUUCCAACGGCGGGCGGGAAUGGAAUCAAGCAGCUGCAGGGCGGUCCUGGGAGGUGGAGCGCAAGGGCGAGGAAGUCAUCCGCGUCUCGCCAUCCGACGAUGAUCUGGAGGAGGGAUCAGAGUAUGGCGAGGAGGACGAGCUGGACAGUGAAGCGGACGUAUCGGUCCCGCUCAAAUCGGAGGUCAAGUCGAGCCUGUCAAAUCCUCCAACCUCUGACUCGGCCAAGCCUGCUUCGGCGAGACCACCAAAAGUCAGACAGUUAUCCACGGUUCGACCGGAAGACGAGGCGGACUAUAUAUGGCUGAAGAGCCGGAUCAAGGCGUGGGACUUUCUGGGUUCUCGGACGCGUUUCCUUGAAUCGUUGAACACAAUCGAGGGUGUAGGGGCUGAAGAUCUGAACAGAAACCGCACAGAACUUGGGGAUACUUCUUGCAACGAUACCAAGUCAUGUACGAGGCGGAGAUGCCUAAGCUGCUUCACAAGGCGCGGGUUCAUGCCAGGAGGCCGCGCGGUCGAGGGUGAAUUUUACGCGGGAGCGGAAGAGGUGCAGCAUUCCUUUUCCUGCGCGUCCAAAGCUGCUUCAUCUAUUAACAAUCUCUCUCUAUGCUUCGCAGGGGUCCUCGCUUCCCUUCUGGUGCAAGCAGUCAUGUUUCCUCACAGAUACUCCUCCGCGCCUACAAAUCUGCGCCAGCUCUUAGCCGGUAUGACAUUCUAUAUUGAGUCUCAGAGGAACAACACAAAUUACAUGGAGAUCUUGAGACUCUUGAACGUAGUCAAGGCGCAUGGCGGCGAACUCAGCGGGGAUCCGAAUAGCGUCUACGUCACCCACAUCUUGAUCUUUCGGGACGGUCGACCGCACGAAUAUGUUGAUCUGGGCAACUAUAUCGAGACGCACCGGAAGACCCUGGCUGAGCUCUGCGCGAGCCCAGUGUGGGCGCAGGAUGACCUCAUCAUCCAAUUUGCACGUCGUCUGGGUGAGGUAGCACCACCGCGGCGGAGGGUGGUUCUCAUGGCGAGAUGGUUGGAUUCAUGCGUGGAGGCAGGAGCGGUGCUGAGAGAUAACUCAUAUAUGGGUCUGGAAAUAGAUCUCAAGAAACCGUCAAUCCCACCCGCACCGGCUAUUCCGCCCCCGCCUGAGCCCCCAGCCCCACUCGUUCCCCCACCCAUCGCAAAGCCCAUCAGCACUUUGCCACCUCGCAGGCUGGCUCCUCCUCUACCCCGCUCGACGAUCCCAGCCGCAAGUGCGGGCUCGUUGCGGCCCUCGGUCACCUCAGCGCAGAAUGCUGUAGCGGGCCCGUCGAAGCCAUCCGUCAUCCCGUCACAGAACGCUGCAGCGGGACCAUCCCGCCCAAUCGAUACCUGGCGUUCUUUACAGCUCAGAUCAGAACCUUCACGCCAUGAGCCUUCCCUGCGGCGACACAAUAGCUCCCCAGACCGCUCGGACGACCGGUGGUCUUCGCGUUCUCCGUCUCCGCGGAGGCGAUGCCCAUCUUCAGAGUCCUCUGAUGAUCGUCGACGUUCGCGCUCGCCUGACCGUGGGAAGCGUUCGCGGGGCAGACGCGAUCGGUCUCCCGAGGAAAGACGGUCUGGUGAUGUCUGGCGGGCUGACUACCGGGUCAGGUCAUCUCCGCGCCGAGAUCCGAGGUCCCCUUCGCCUGUACAUCGGAUGCAGAAUCGGCCACCUCCUCCGUCCGCGUACGACGUCAAGCGUGACCCGCGGCGCCUAUCAGAUCCCUCCCCACCACCACUUCCUCCUCGUUCCGGCGGACUACCUCUUCCCUCCCUUUCUACAUCGCGAGCUCUGAGCUGGACCCCGGGCCAGCAGCCUUCUCAUAGGGUGACAUCAAUGCCUCCAGGCCUCAAGCAGCGCUCAGCCGAGCGACCACCGGCCCGCUCGCAAGCCCCCUCCGCUGCUGUGCCGACUAUCGCGCGCGAGGCGGGAGUCACGCUCGGCACAGUAUCUGCGCCCGGCCAGCCCGCCCAGGGCUCAGCUCCGAGAGUACCCCGCCAAUCGGCGCUGGAAGCGCAACGCGCGCGUGCGCCCAUUGAGCAACCUUUGAACGUUCGGAGGGUCGGCGGGAUAUCGGGGAGGCAGGAGCUGCACGUCAGCACGCCUGUCGGCGGAGUAGCGGUCCCCACCCCCGCCCCCAGUCCGUCGAGACUGCAAGGAUCAGCGGGUCCGCAGUGGAUGGCGGUGCCGCAAAAGACCGCAUAUGCGCCCAAUCCUGGGCCAGCUCUUGGGCCAGCUGCUACGUCUGCUCCUGCGCAUGCACUGCAGAAACCUGCUCCUCAGCGGCCGUCGGUGCAGAUUCCAACGGGACCCGGGCGAUCAGUGGGCACUGUCUCAGGCCACAGAGCGCCUGCACCCCCAGCCGCAGCCCAGCAGCCAACUCCUGCGCCAACGGUACAGCUACAACGAGCGGUAGCACGAGACAGCCGAGCUCCGCCCUCACCUACACCGUCCGCCGGUCCGAGAGUCACGGUGAAGCGGGAAGAAUCCCCGGAAUUGACGCCGCCGCCCCCUUCACGGCCGACUUCGGUCUCGCGCACACUUCCAAACUUUGAGCGCAUCGUCAAACGGUCCCCCUCCCCCGCCACCACUGCCUCCGUACCUGCCCCGCCGCCAGCGAAGAAACUCGCUCCGGUCACCACACCCACCAAGGGAACGCCCAGCAUCGCCCGCAGCAAUGGGACUCUUGCUAAAGUCGCUAGGCCGACGGGGUCAGCCAGACCGCCCGUCGUGAUACAACUCCCGGUCUCAAGUGCCAGCGGUAAAAGGCAGGCGGCUACUGCCGUCGUCGAUGAAGCGGAGGUGGGGGAGAGGACGGAUAAGACUGCACCGCCGAAAAUGGUAGCACAGGCGGCCCCUUCGGGGGCAAAAGGGGAGGUGGCACCGGCGAGGACCAAGGACCGCUCGACCCUGCCCAAGCCAGCUCCUUCUGGGCCUCGGCGCUCGACCGGGGACGAUAUUCAGCACUCCACACCGGCUCAACGGCCGACCUUUACUGCUGCCAGAUCGGCCUCUUCGUCCAUCCCGGCAGGUCCUGCUGAGAAGUCUAUCCCGGCGGCAGUCCAGUCGUUCAAGCGGAAACGGGAAGCUGUCACGCCGAUCUCCACUAAGCACAGCAGUGACUCGGAUGAUGAUACUCCACUUUCGGCUACCCGGAAGCGCUCUCAUCCCGAGCCCGGGAGAGAGAGGCCCGAGAUCGCUAGCAGGGGGCGCAAGGUCUCAAAUCGCAUCAUCAUCUCGCCAUCUCCUCCUCCUACGAGCACUCGUCAGCAGUCUCCCGGUCCCGCGUCAGCUCCCCCUAUGGCAGGAAGGCGAUUCAUCGAAUCUCCCGCAACCACGCCCAUACUCGGCUCUAUGAUCCUGCCCCGUCCGCUGGCGCCGGCGCCAGUCGUUGCUCUUCCCGAGGAGCAAGGUCCAUCCCAGUUCUUUGUAAAUCAGUCAGGCCUGCCGAUGACUUUCCACGUGGUGCUGGAUGAGGAGGGUCUGAUGGAGCCGCUGGAGCAACUCAUCACUGUUUACGGUGGACGCUUGGUCGAUAUCAUUGCGGCCGAUCUCAUCAUCCUUCCCUUCAAACCGGGCACUUUAUCCUCCUCCGCUCUAUCUGCCAUUAUCGACCCUAUCUCGUUCCGCGCAUGCCACGCCAGACUUUUUAUCAGCCAUCAAUACAUCACGCGGUGCGCCAAACAGAAGGCCCAGCUCCAUAUCAAGGACUACCGCAUUGAUCUGCUUGCUCCCAUUGCCGCUCCAAAGGCAGAGCCUAGCGAGGAUCGCGCACACGGGUCCAGGAGUCGGAGAACCAGCGACAAUUGGACGGCGGACCUGCGUACCCCAGAGAGUAUGACGGACAGGCGUCCGAGGGUGCAUGCGCGAGCUGAUUCGAGGAAUAGGCGGGAAGAGAAGCAGCCGACGAGCUCGAGGGACGUGGAGCGCAAGGUUCAGCAGGAUCUCCGCUUCUCCUCGUCUGAAGAGGACGAGUCGGAGUCGGAGGAGAAGGACGAGCUGGACAGCACCAGUGAUCUCGACGACCCUGUCCCGCUCAAGUCGGAGGUCAAGUCUCGCUCGUUGAGCUCGCCGCCACCGCUCAAAUCGGCCAGGCCUGCUGUUGCAAGACAGCGCCAGAGGGACGCCGAAGAGUCGACCGUGCGACCAGAGGAUGAGGCGGACUAUCAGUGGUUGAAGCGCAAGAUUGGAGCGUGGAAUUUUGUCGGUUCUCGUGUGGGCUUUUUGGAAUCAUUGACAACUGCCGAACCGCGUAGGAAUUGGAGUGGCCUGUUCAAACGAUACAAGGUCUUGUACGAGACCGAACUCCCUAGAUUGCUCCGCAAGGCGCGGGCCUUAUCUGCAUCCGGAUCACGAUGUCAUGACGAGAUCGAUGAGCGUCGAUCUUUCCUCCAAGAUCAAGAUAAGGAAGCGAGCAGUGAGGAAGCGUGCCAAGACCCGAGACAAUACGGACCGGAACCUGCCGCUGAGACCGCCCGCCUGCGCGAGCUGAUACGAGCGGAUAUCGACGCGUUUCCCAUCGGUGAUAUACAAGCUUGGGCAAGCCUUCCGACUGCCUUCAGUACUUUCAAGUCCAACCGUCAUUCAAGCAGCCAGCUCGCGCUCGGGUCCAAGCUGGCCAUUCAAGCUCUCCCAAGCCGCCACGCAGCUUCCGCCGCCGGUCAGACAUAG